AUGGGGUUUCGCAUCACGACGUGGAAUGGUGAGUGGCUUGUCUCUGGUCGGAAGGAAGUUCCUGCAGAGAAGUCAAUAUCAAGGCUAAAUGAGUGGUUAAGGAACCCAUUCUCAUACGAGCCAUGGAGAGGGACUCGAACCUUUGAGUCCAUGUUCGAUAUCCUAGAAUCGGACAUCGUGGUAUUCCAGGAAACCAAAAUCCAACGAAAAGAUCUCCGAGAUGAUAUGGUCCUAGUCCCGGGAUGGGACUGCUAUUUCAGCCUGCCCAGGGUUAAGAAAGGAUACUCUGGGGUCGUGAUAUACACACGCAAUGCGACAUGCGCGCCAAUUCGAGCCGAGGAAGGCAUUUUUGGUGUUCUUUGCCCACCCAAUUCAUCAAUCCCUUUCCGAGAUCUCCCAGAAGACCAGCAGAUUGGCGGGUACCCGACUUUCGAGCAGCUCAGAAGACCGGCUGCUGUCUUGGAAGAUACUGAUUCAAAUGACGAGGAAGAUGAGGAGAGACCAGCCGAUGAGCCUAUUGAUCCAGCAACUCUGGACUCCGAAGGACGGUGUGUCGUCCUCGAAUUCCCGGCCUUUGUGCUCAUUGGCGUAUAUUGUCCUGCGAAUCGCGACGAAAGCCGGGUUACAUUCCGGCUCGGCUUUCUCAAUGCUCUUGACGCUCGAAUUCGGAAUCUGGUCGCGAUGGGGAAGCGAGUGUUUGUGACUGGCGACAUCAACAUUGCCAAGCAGGCCAUCGACUCCGCUCAUGUUCUCGAAGCCAUUCGCAAGAACACUGCAACGGAGGACACGUAUAUCACCGUGCAAUCCCGGAGGCUAUUCAACCAGUUACUGGAUGACGGGAAGGUCGUUGGGCCCCGCGAAGAAGGCAGGGAAAAGCCUGUGAUGCACGAUAUAUGCAGGUCCUUCCAUGCUGACAGGGCUGGGAUGUACACUUGCUGGGACACAAGGCUCAAUACCCGACCGGGAAAUUUCGGGGCACGUAUCGAUUACGUGCUCUGCAGCCUCGAUAUGAAGGACUGGUUUGCCGACUCGAACAUUCAAGAGGGCUUGAUGGGGUCGGAUCAUUGCCCUGUUUACGCGGUCUUCAAGGACAACGUACCUCACGAUGGGAAAACGGUACACAUUCGAGAUAUUAUGAACCCACCGGGCGCGUUCAAAGAUGGCGAGCGCCAGCGGGUGUACUCGUCCCAGUGGAUGCUACCAGGAUCAGGACGCCUGUUACCCGAGUUCGACGUCGACAAGCGUCGCAGCAUCAAGGACAUGUUCGCGCGCAAGCCGGCUCCUAGCCUCUCUCGCUCGCCAUCCACGGCCAGUGCCCUGGGAAACACGACCGUGGCUCUGGACACGGAAUCGACCGCAUUACAGACAGCCGCACUCAGCGAAAAGCCUCCCAUCCCACCCAUCUCCAGUCAGAAUCAGUCCUCGAAUACCCUGUCCCGCAAGCGAUCACAGCCUCUUCCAGCGACUUCCGUCAAGCGCUCCAAGUCCUCGGCCACACCCACAUCUACGGCUACAGCGGGUCAGAAAACACUCAAAGGCUUCUUCAAGCCGAAGUCCGUCGAAGGCAGCGCAUCCGUCAAGCCCUCUACAGCUUCGCCAAAGACCAAGAUCCAGCCUAGCGACGACGGAACAUCAUCCCCUACAAAGACCGGUGCGAAUGCCACUCUCACCACUAACACACCAGGAACUACCCCCCAGCCUUUCGAGCCCACCAUCGAUACCCAGUUCUCUGCAUCAGAGACACGCUCUACACAAUCCUCGCCCGGCAAGUCCCAAACAGAGACGAUCAUCGAUCCCAUCGUCAGCAAAGAAGACUGGAACAAGCUGUUCACCAAGAAACCCGCUCCCCGUUGUGACAGCCACCAAGAACCCUGCGUCAGUCUGACCACAAAGAAACCGGGCAUGAAUCGCGGCCGCGCAUUCUGGAUCUGCCCGCGGCCUCUCGGUCCCAGCGGCGAGAAGGAGAAGGGUACACAAUGGCGUUGUCCGACGUUCAUCUGGGCCAGUGAUUGGAACUCGGCGUCGCAAGGAGAGUGA